UCUCUUACGUCACUCUCAUCAUCAUCUGUUUCAUCUAAACAAGUUCCUAAUUACGUCCUUCCUACUCCCGAAGAAGUUGAAAAACUGCCACCUCCAGUAAUCCGCACCCACAUACCUUCCGAGCCAGCUCCCGUUCACCAAAACCAAGAACCUCCGGUUCCUGUCCAACAUUACUUUACACCUGCCAACUUCCAAGCCAAACCUGUUCAGCCAGUGCUUCAACCCAUUCCUGUACUUCAGCAAACAGUAUCUGUGCAUCACCAAGCUCCUGUAGAACAAUCAGUUUCCCUGCACUAUCAACCCUCCCCAGCCAUCCAAACAGUAUCCGUGCAUCACCAAAGUCCUGUAGAACAAUCGGUUUCUCUGCACUAUCAACCUGCCCCAGCAAUCCAAACAGUAUCCGUGCACCAUCAACCUACGAUUCAAUAUGAGUCUGCUCAGUUACAUUAUGAAUCUCCUGUGCAUCAUUUCUCUGCACCUCUGCAUCGUGAGAAUGCUUCAGUUCAAAAUGGAGUGCACCAACCUCAACAUGAAGAGCACCAUGAAGAUUAUUACGCGUACCCUAAAUACGAGUUCGAGUACAAGGUGGAGGAUCCGCACACUGGUGACCGCAAGUCCCAGCACGAGUCCCGCGACGGCGACCUCGUGAGGGGCUACUACAGCCUGCAUGAGGCCGACGGCUCUGUUCGUACUGUCGAGUAUUCGGCUGACAAGCACAACGGAUUCAACGCGAACGUGAAGAAUGACCAUCACCAGAGCCAUCACUAAUGCCCUACUGUACCUCCAAUACUAUUUAUUGAAUACCUCUUUGUUUAUUAU